GGCAUAAGAAAAAAAAACACUUUCGUUACCUUUUUCUUCUUCACAUAAUAUCCUACGGUUUUAAACGCCUCUUCGCUUUUCUCACAAAACCACAAUAAUGUCUUCUCCUCAGCCCCAGAUGGUCGCCCAGCAGAUGACUGCCGAGGCCCCGGCGCGAGUUAGCUCCGAGCAGCCGCGUCCCGUUGAGCCCAUGAGCGUCGACGCCGAGGCCACCAACAUGCGUGGUGGUGGUGAGGGUGUAAGUGUUCACCCAAGCUUUGCUAUUCAGUCCUAUACAAAACCAUCCUGAAGCCAAUCAUGCAAAUACACCUCAUUUAUAUUCUGCUUCUUCUUUCUAACUUGUACGCUUCCAGGAAAUCUGCUGCGGUAUCUGCGCCGGUCUCGCCUGCUUCGAGUGCUGCGAAUGCUGCUGCUAAGCGCUCAAUACCCUUGGAAAUCAACAAUCACGAUUGGACGGAGGGAGAGGUUCAAAUGAAUGAUUAAUAAAUUUGAUGUUGGGGGGUAGAGCAUGAGAAAGAACUCGGCAGUUGUUCUCUUUCUUUCUGGCCACGGUUCGGCGCCGUCUUGGUCCAUUUUUUUUUUCUAAUGAUGUGAUAUCCCCAUACUAUUCAAGCCUGAGGGAGAAUAGAGCAAAUACCCAUAAACAUUUUACAAUAUCAAGAAAUUACAUCUUUUG